UUUUGGAACUCUUAUAAAAAUGUUUACUCACUGGAUUUUGGUUUAGAGUCUAGACCGAAAGGACCAUGAACCUCUAUAUAUUGAGAUUUUCCUUUUUACCCCAAAAAAUGAUGUCUUAUGUUUUGCAUCAGAUCUUUGACAAAACCAAUGUUUCAAUUUUAUCUUUUGCCUUUGGUUUCAUCUGAUCUCAAGGACCUGCAAAGAUAAUUACUAGUUUAAUACUUUAUUAUACUAUAUUAUACAAAAAUGUGGAAUUCAACUAAAAUAAUAAUUGUUAUAUGCCGAUUUACCUUGUGAGUUGGUCAACCACGUUAUAUGUAAUAUACAGUAGUUGAAUUGUUUCGAAAAAGACAUCUAUGUGCAUUGUUUUGUUCUUUCUUUAUAUAAAUGUGCUCUUUUUUGUUCUUUCUCACAAGUCUAAAAAUCAAGAAAGAACACAAAAAUGAUGAAAAUCAUUGCACACUUUGCUACGGCUCUGUUUUGCUCCCUCUUAUUCUCCCUCCAAACCAUGUCCGAGUCCGUACAAAUGCUUACCGAUUGCAACCAAUUAUCUGACAACUUCACUAGAACUAGCUCGUAUCGAUCAAACCGCGAUAGUCUCCUCUCCACUCUUCGCGACCGUUCUUCCCUCGAAAGCUAUUCCAACGUCACGGUCGGUCCAAGCCCAAACACAGUCUAUGGCAUGUUCCUCUGCAGAGGAGACAUCAACAGAACAUCUUGUUCAAAUUGCAUCCAUGCCGCAACGUUAAGCGUCGCCGAAACUUGCAAUUCUCAUAAAGGAGCUUCCAUAUUCUAUGACGAGUGUAUAGUUCAAUACUCGAACGUUUCUUUCUUCACACUCGUAGAGGAUGCACCUGCCAUUCGUAGAUACUCUCCGUCCAGUUAUUUGGGUUCUUCUGACUUUUUCAAUCAAACACUUCCUGGAAAAAUAUACGAGCUUAUCCUCAGAGCCUUCUCGUCUUCUUUGUCGUCACCAAUUCCAUAUUUUGCUGAGGAUCGAGAACAUGUGACUCAAUUGGAAGGUUCGUAUGAUUUAGAGGCAUUGGUCCAGUGUAGUCCUGAUCUUGAUCCAAGAAACUGCACUGAAUGCUUGAGACUUGCUGUAGAAGAUUUCUUUGAGUGUUGCAGCCAUGCUCGUUUGGCUCAGAUCAUCUUUCCUAAAUGUCUUGUCAUGUAUAACGUCUCCGCUUUGCAACCGAGUCUUGGCGUUAUAAAUGGUUAGUAACUUAGUAUACAAAUUCUUUUGUGAUAUGCACUAUGCGUAUAUAUACAUGGCCUCGCCCUCUGCUAUGGCUUAUGGGUAUUUGAUAUGUAAUAAGCAACUUAAACCCAAAUAUUAAUAUUUUUGGCUUAUUUUAUGUUGCAGGAAACAAAAUAUAUGGGAGAAUUUUCAUUACAGCCAUGGCAACUUGGGUGUUAGCACUUCUUGGUCUAUGAUCCAGUCAAAUGAUUAUGAAGUUUUAUUUAUAUUUGUAUUACACGAUUGUAUGUGCCGCUAUUUUCUUGUAUAGUUAAUAAGAAUCAAUAUACUUGUUUUCUAAGUUAUCUCAGAAAAUUUUGACGUUCGAUAUGCUUACUAAAUAAAAUCCUAAUACAUCAAUAUAUACCUUCUGUAUUGUAAGAAUGAGUCGUCCAAAAACAACUCUGUGUUCUGCUUCAGACAACAAAUGUGUCAACUUCAUGUUUUAUUAGCUUCAUAUGGUUUAAAAUAAUAGCCAGCCAGAAGGCUGCUAACGGAAGCAAAAGCUAUUAUGACAGAAAAAAAACAGGUAAAGAGAGGAGCUAACAUCUGGCACAAGUGAUUAAUUAAGUCUUAUUUGUUUUAGAGGUCAAGGAUUAUUAGAACCUUGAUUUUGCAAAUUUUAUUGCGCUUCAAUAAAACAUCAAAAUAACAGAAAGUCUUGCCAUUUGCUAUGUUUUCUUGGGUUUUAAAAGGCUUACAUACAAAAUAAAUAAAAAACUUAUCAAAUGAGAAACGCUCAGGAAUAAGGCACAGAUUAAAUGCUCCCCUUAGUUUGAGCUCAAUCUAUUUGCGUACAUCGCAAGUAUUUCAGGGAGCACUGUUUUUGGAUAUGGCUUUUCAAAAUCAUUGUCUCUCAAGUCUAGGGCUUACCA